AUGACAGGUUUACUGAGGAAACAUGGAAUCAUUCACAAGGUGGCGACAGCUUACCAUCCCCAAACUAAUGGACAAGACGAGGUGUCCAAUAGGGAGAUCAAACGCAUACUAGAGAAGAUUGUGAAGCCUCAUAAGAGGGAUUGGAGUACUAGACUCGCAGAUGUGCUCUGGGCUUAUCGGACUGCAUAUAAGACACCCAUCGGCAUGAGUCCGUUCCGCCUAGUCUACGAAAAGGCUUGUCACCUUCCGGUAGAGGUGGAACACAAAGCUUUUUGGGUUGUGAAGGAAUGCAACUCAGGAUUGGGAGGAUCCGGGAUUGAAAGAAAGCUACAACUAGAGGAAUUGGAGUGCCUUCGACUAGAAGCGUAUGAGAACUCAAGGCUCUACAAAGAAAAGGUGAAGGAUGUGUAUGACAAGAACAUCAAGAGAAGAGAAUUUAGAGCUGGAGAUCAAGUCCUUCUCUACAACUCAAGGUUGAGGUUAAUGCCAGGCAAGCUAAGGUCAAGGUGGGACGGACUGUACAUGGUGGAAAAGGUGGAACCGUACGGAGUUGUCCACCUAAGUCACCCCUCAAGCCCCACUUUUUUCAAAGUCAAUGGCCAACGUUUAAAGUUGUAUCAAGAUGUGAAGAUGAAGAACAAUAAGGUGCUAGAGAUCUUCCUCUUGAAGGAUCCAGCCAGGGAAGAGGACUGA